CGUUAGAAUUAGCUAGAAUUGUUGAUAAAUUCAGCUAGCUCCUGCUAGUAGGUGGCAUGAGAUUUCUGUCUACAUUUUAAGAACGGUGUCGCUCAUAAUGAGUUUGCCAGAGGAUAAGCACGGCACAAAACGACCCGCUUCCCCCACGCAAGAAUCUACUCAGUGGGCAUCUGCUGAUUUGGGAAGUGAUGAGAGGAAGCAAAAGUUUCUACGGUUGAUGGGUGCAAGCAAGAAAGAACAUACUGGACGUCUUGUCAUUGGUGACCACAAAUCAACGUCCCACUUCCGUUCCGGGCAGGAAGAUAAGAAGAUGAACCAGGAGCUGGAGAUGCAGUACCAGCAGAGCAUGGACGGAAAGCUGUCAGGGCGAGACCGAAGACACUGUGGUUUGGGUUUCACUGAGCCGAACCCACAGCCAGAGUUGUUACCCUGCACUCCAGUGGAUGUUCAGAAUAAAGAAACUGAGCCGGAGAAGCCCGCCACAGAAGGUGCGACAGAAGCUCAGAGCAAAGACUGCGAUCCCAGACCGAAAGAAAAUACAUCAGAACAAGCAAAGUCCAGCUCACACAACCCAGUCGAGGAGCAGAAACACGACUACAAAGCAGCCUUUGUGAAAUCAGCGUAGGAUUGAGGGAUGCAACCAAGCCAAGGAUUAGUUUUAGUACUUUUCAAAUUUGGACAGUUGGAUGCUUUUUGUUUAACUAUAAGCUGUCACCCAUCAUUUUUGUCUUUUUACUGUCUAGAGAUGAUUCUUCAGAACUCACUGUUGAGAAAUGUUCCGGUGUGCAGGUCAUAAAAGAAUUACGUCUCCAGGCUAAAACAUUGAUUUUGCCUCUGUGGUGUUAAAUGAUGUGAAGCGGUAAAUGAUGCAGUUUUUAUUUUAUUUUGGACGUUUUUAUCGCAUUUAAUUGUCAUUACAUUUGUCAUGAAUUGUUGGAUGAAACUAGAAAAGUUGCCACUGAGCACGAUUAGUGUAGACAUUGUGAUUUUUUUGUUAAUGUCUUUCUUCAAAGCCAAUAAAAGGAAGUGAGAGUUGUAA